GGAAAUCCGUAUGCAAUCCAAAUAGAAAGAAGGGCAAAUAAAUAAAAGGACGGAAAAAGGGGAAGCCGACAGCGAAGAGGUGGCAAUUUCCCCCCUUCUUCGUCUUCCGCUGCCCAUUCGCGCUCUCGAUUUCCAUGGCCGGAUCCUCUCUACGCCUCCUCGAGCUCCACCUCCUCAUCGCCGUCGCUUCCCUCACCUUCCCCCGAUCCCUGGCGGCCGUCGUGCCGCCUCUCUGCCCUCGCUCGGGCAUCGCCUUCCUCGACGACCUCGGAUGUCAGUGCUCUCGUUGGAUUGAGCUGUCUUCGCCUCAGGAGGUGAGUGGAGAGAUGCUUGAAAGAGAGCUUUCUAAUGAUCAAAGUGCUUAUUACUCUGUCCUCUUCUACGCAUCAUGGUGCCAAUUUUCAUCCGACAUUCAGCCUAUCUUUGAUGCUCUUAGUUACAUGUUUCCUCAAAUAAAACAUUUAUUAGUUGAAGAAUCGUCAGUCAUGCCAAGUGUCCUCUCGAGAAAUGGCAUUCACAGUUUUCCAGCUAUAAUGCUGUUUAAUGGGACAACAAGGUUUCGGUAUCGUGGCUCAAAGGAUUUUACUUCCCUGGUCCAUUUCUACAAGAGAAGUACAGGUUUGGAUCCAAUAACAUAUCUGGAAAUUCAUCAGUCCAGUUCAGGAAAUGCGAGGACCGUCAUAGUUCAGGUUGAGUCCAUAUGGGAGUUGAUAACCAAGGAAUCUUACUUAACAUUUGCCAUACUUUUCAUCUGUCUGAAGAUAAUUAUGUGCUUCUUUCCUUUGAUCUACCUUCGCUUCAAAUCUUUCUGGGUCUCACAUGUCUGGCCUGUGAACUUAAGGAUCCUUCAUGAAUCAAGCCUGCUAUUGGAGAAAGUACUGCAGGUAGUUGACAUAAAAAGGAUGUGGAGCAAUAUUCAACUCUCCAACAAGACAAGGAACUUUCAAAAAGGGGCAAAUAAUGCCCGGGUUUGGGCAUCUUCCCUUACGAGACUGAACGAGUCAUCUUCCUCAAGAUUAGCCCUUAAGGACUCGUAGUUUUCUCUUAUAUCGAUCAAUGUACACCCACCAUACCUUUCAUGGAGCAACACUAGUUAUUUCUCUUUUUGUUCUUGCUGUAGGCACAUGGAAAGCAAAUCACGUGUAGAUUUUGAGUACUAAAUCAUUUUGUAUAUUGGAUACUGUGGCUGCAUUUUUAGCAUAAUGCAAAGUCCAUGGGUGUUCAUCUUUA